UGAUCGUGUAGACGUCAACAUGGGAGAGAAGCUUCUCGUGACACCCGAAAAUAACCACGAAAAUCUUCUCCAUUAAGGCGCAACUAUUGCACUAAACGGUGAUACUCGCCGAGAUUUUUUCUCCGAGUCAGGUUCACAUUUUAUUAAAGGAUUUGUGACUAGUUGAUUGAUGCACCGAACAAAUCCACGACUGUCCUUCGUGUACAACUUAAUAUGAAGCUUGGAAUAAUGGAUUCGGAGAAGGGGCUGAUUGACAGUAAGUGUGAGCAGAACUCAGCAGGUCAACAUGACACUGUGCUUGUGUUAAGUGAUAUGAAGGAGUCUGAAAGGGUGAGACGUGUUUGCCGAACUCUGAAAUAUCAACCGAAGCGGGUUCAGAGAUCUGGUGCUGAAAAGGUGUGCGACUUCACCGCUGACCUUAUCGUCAAAGGUGCAGAAGAUGCGUCUAACGAACAGCACGUCUGCAGGAACUGCGGCGCCGUAAGUACCUGCAGAGCCGAACUUGAAGCACACCUGAAGGACCAUAAGGUCUGCAAGACAGGCUACGGACUCAGGAGUGGACUGGAAAAGAACUAUAGUGAGGAGAGGGAAGAGCAGUCGUCCUCGGACGAGAUGGAUCCGACACCCGAGAGUCCAAAUCACGACACGCAAUUUCAGCAGAGAAAAAAGCAUAUUUGUAAUCUAUGUGGUAUGGAAUAUCUCAACAAAUCCAAGCUCAUUGCCCACAUGAGGAUCCACACUGGAGAAACACCAUACAAGUGUAAAGAAUGUGGAAAGGGUUUCAGACGCAGCGACUGGUUAGCAAAACACGUGAAAACGCAUGAAGGCAAAAAAAAUCCUGAGAACAAGAAGAAGCUGUACGCAUGCGACCUCUGUGACAAGAGGUACAGCUGCAGACAUUCUCUCUCUCAGCACAAAGGCAUACACACGGGUGUGAAACCUUACCUCUGUGCUAUAUGCCAGAGGCACUUCUACCGUAAAGGCUGCCUCAGAGCGCAUUUAAUGCGCCACUCGGAUGACCGUCCGUACACGUGCUCCGAAUGCGGACACGGCUUCAAGCGCGCGGGAACUCUUAAAAAGCACAUGCGCAUCCACACUGGAGAAAAACCCUACUCGUGUAGCUUCUGUGGGAAAAAGUUUCCGUACAAAUACUGCCUUGACACACACAUGAAAAACGUCCGGUGUAAGCGCUCACGAGCUGAGAAUAAAGCAGCGUGAAGAAGAACAAGAUACAGAUCGAACAUCGUUUUUAUACGUCCUAAGUUUUUACUGAUGUACGGAGCACUAGGAAGUCUCCGUCUACUUCGAGGUACCGCUUGAUUGUCUGGGUUUUUUUGUGACCGAUUUCACACAAGCAUAGGAGUGUGAGCAGAAGCCUGACUUUUUGCGCAUAAAAACAUGCAGAAAUUGGCUGGAUGAAGGAUCUUCUACUCCUCCCUAGUCAAGUGUGGGUGGAGAUGUCUGGUCCAGAAUCCUGGAGAAGUACAGUGAAGAGGAACGUUUGGUUGUAAAAGCUAGAACUGGACCUCUGCGUUAUCGCCGUCUGGUUCACAUUUGCACCCGAGGACAUUUUAUUAAAGGAUUUGUGACGAGUUGAUUGGUGCACCGAACGAAUCCGCGACUGUGACUGUCCUUCGUGUACAACUUUAAUAUGAAGUUCGGAAGAAUGGAUUCGGAGAAGGAGCUGAUUGACAGUUCACAUUUGCACACAAGGACAUUUUAUUAAAGGAUUUGUGAGGAGUUGAGUGGUGCACAGAACGAAUCCGUGACUGUCCUUCGUGUACAACUUAAUAUGAAGCUUGGAAUAAUGGAUUCGGAGAAGGGGCUGAUUGACAGUAAGUGUGAGCAGAACUCAGCAGGUCAACAUGACACCGUGCUUGUGUUAAGUGAUAUAAAGGAGUCUGAAAGGGUGAGACGUGUUUGCCGAACUCUAAAAUAUCAACCGAAGCUGGUUCAGAGAUCUGGUGCUGAAAAGGUGUGCGACUUCACCGCUGACCUUAUCGUCAAAGGUGCAGAAGAUGCGUCUAACGAACAGCACGUCUGCAGGAUCUGCGGCACAGUGAGUACCUGCAGAGCAGAACUUGAAGCACACCUGAAGGACCAUAAGGUCUGCAAGACAGGCUACGGACUCAGGAGUGGACUGGAAAAGAACUAUAGUGAGGAGAGGGAAGAGCAGUCGUCCUCGGACGAGAUGGAUCCGAUACCCGAGAGUCCAAAUCACGACACUCAAUUUCAGCAGAGCAAAAAUAUUUGUAAUCUCUGCGGUAUAGAAUAUGUCUACAAAUCCAAGCUCGUUGUCCACAUGAGGAUCCACACUGGAGAAACACCGUACAAGUGUAAAGAAUGUGGAAAGGGUUUCAGACGCAGCGACUGGUUAGCAAAACACGUGAAAAUGCAUGAAGGCAAAAAAAAUCCUGAGUACAGGAAGAAGCGGUACGCAUGCGACCUCUGUGACAAGAUGUACAGCCGCAGAGAUACUCUGUUUCAGCACAAGCGCAGACACACGCAGACACAAGCACAGGAACCUUACCCCUGUGCUAUAUGUCAGAGGAUCUUCUACAAUAAAGGCUGCCUCAGAGCGCAUUUAAUGCGCCACUCGGAUGACCGUCCGUACACGUGCUCCGAAUGCGGACACAGCUUCAAGCGCGCAGGAACUCUUAGAAAGCACAUGCGCAUCCACACUGGAGAAAAACCCUACUCGUGUAGCUUCUGUGGGAAAAAGUUUCCGUACAAAUACUGCCUUGACACGCAUAUGAAAAGCUCCCGGUGUAAGCGCUCACGAGCUGAGAAUAAAGCAGCGUGAAGAAGAACAAGAUCAAGAGACAGAUCGAAACUGGAUUGAACAGCUUUGGCCUAAUUCUGAACUUUUUUUUUUUGAUUUUUCACAACUCUUGAUAUUCAGACAUCACUUCUAACUUUGUAUGGGAGCAAGCAUGCACAAGAAAUGAUCCUAGCUUCUCACAGAAGUUAGUAAGGAUCCAGACAAACAAUGUCCCUUGCAUAAAAAACCGCAUCGCCUCAGGAGAUGUCGCAGUUUCUGCAGCAAGUCCCUAUGCUUCAAGUGUUGGGCAUCAACCAAACACCAAGCCAAGAACUGUCAAAUCAAAGUCACCUGCUGUUAAUAGUUUGUACGACCCCUUAGGUUUUGUUGCGCCUUUAACUGUACAGGGAAAAGGACUCAAGAGAACUAACCUCCGAACCAUGUGACUGGGACGACCUCCUAUCGCCAGCUAAAGUAAGACUAUGGUCUGUAUGGAGAGACUCUCUUCUCGAGUUAGAACACCUACACAUUCACAGACCAUACGUACCAUUGUCUCUUUCCUCACAACACAGAGAGCUGUGUGUCUUCAGUGACGCCUCAUCCAACGCAAUUGCCACAGCCUACUUGCGAGUUGUCAACGAGCAGAGACAGCACCUCACCGGAUUUGUCAUGGGCAAAGCCACGCUGGCACCAAAACCAGCUCACACAAUUCCACGACUGGUGUUAUGCGCCGGGGUCCUUGCUUCUCAGUUCUCAGAUCACACUGUGGAGCCUGUAAGGAGCUAAAGAUCAGUACAGAUUACCCUGAGAUCCAAGACUACCUGAACAACGAAGGCUGUACAUGGACAUUCAACACGCCUCACUCAUCACAUAUGUGUGGAUCAUGGGAAAGAAUGGUUGGCAUUGCCUGCCGCAUUCUAGACUCGAUGUUACUGCAGUCAGGUCCAACUCGUCUUACCCAUGAGGUCCUCACAACACUAAUGCUCGUCCAUUGGUUCCCAUAAGUACUGAUUCAGACUCGCCAACCAUUUUGAUGCCGUCUAUGCUUCCAGUGACUCAACUUAUUCUCCUCCUUCCCCAAAGAAGUGAUACAAAGACUGAUUAGCAUUAAAUAGUGGUAUAAAAGCAUUUACACCAGGUGGGUGAUUUUGGUUGUACAGUUAUACAGAUCUUUAAGAUCUUUGGUUGUACAGAUCUUUAAGCGCCCUCUUGCAGUGAGGAUUGGGAUAGUAACAUUCGUAUUACACGUGUUGAGUUUAAUCGUUAAAAGCAGGGUCUCCGAUUUUUGAGAAAUGCUUCGGAAAACGGAGUCGGGCUGAAAAAUAAACAAAAACAAAACAAACGUGUAGCCAAUGAGUAGAAAGGGGCAGGUCUUGUUAAUAUGGGGCGGAGAGAGUGUUCAGUGUGCAUGUGUGAUGUUAGCAGAAAGCGGUUUUAACAUUGACAUGGAGGAUAAAAACAAAGAAAGAAUGCGAAGAAAGGCUUACGAUAAGGCGAGAAGUAGGACGUG